AAAAUGCUGCCACAAAUACCAUUUUCUUAGCUCUUCACUUUGACCAUAUUACACCUCUCUUUGCACCCCUUCACUGGUUCCCCUUUCUCCAUUGCAUCAAACUUAAGGUAAUUGUCUUUUAUUUUCAAGACCCUUUCAAGACCCCCAUGCUACCUUUCAUCUCUCAUACACUAUUGAAAAUUCAGUUCCCGCCUUCAGUCAGCCAAUGAUCCCAGCCACCAUCACCCGCUUGUUAAAUUCUCAAGAAUCACCUCUGUGGUGCUCCUCAUGCGUGGGAAGAGCUCCCCAUAAACAUCUACAAAGCCAACGCAUCCUCCUUUGAAACCCUCCUUACAACUUUCCUUUGCUAAGGCCUACAAAAAAAUUGACACUGGUUAGGCAGAUGGUUUGCUGGGACUACUGCCCAUCAUGCUGACCAGUGUCAUCUCAUUGUUUCUUUGUUCUUCCCCAUCUAUCCAACUGCUGUCUCUUUUCUUAGACUGUAAGCUCUUUGGGGCAAGGACCAUCUUUUUGUUCUGUGUUUGUACAGCGCCUAGUACAAUUGGGGGCUGGUCCAGGAUAUGGAUAUUGAGGAAUAAAAACAGAAGUUGUUCAUGCAGAAAGGGGGAGAAUAGUGUUCCGUAGGGAACUGGAGGUUCCUUCUGAAGGAUCUUCCCUACAGCCUGAGGGGAGGACAGUUGAAGACAAAAAUGUCAAGGCUGGUUCAAGCUCGAAGAUUGGAAGGAGUGGACAAGAACAUCUGGGUGGAAUUUGUGAAACUGGCUGCCACUUAUCCAAAUGUGAACCUUGGCCAGGGCUUCCCUGACUUUCCCCCGCCAGACUUUGUGAAGGAGGCGUUUAUGAAGGCCGUUGGUGGGGAGAACAUCAUGCUGCACCAGUACACCCGGGCCUUUGGACAUCCAGCACUGGUGACGAACCUGGCCCGCUUCUUUGGGAAGCUGCUAGGGCAAGAACUUGAUCCUAUGACCAAUGUGCUGGUGACGGUCGGGGCAUACGAAGCUCUUUUCUGCUGUUUCCAAGCUCUGGUUGAUGAAGGCGAUGAGGUGAUUAUCAUUGAGCCGUUCUUUGACUGCUAUGAGCCAAUGGUGAAGAUGGCUGGGGGCACUCCUGUGUUCAUACAACUGCGAUCAAAAGCUGAAGAAGCUGGAAAACUGAUGUCCAGUGGAGACUGGCAGCUGGAUCCAGCAGAGCUGGCUUCCAAAUUUACCAAACAAACCAAAGCCAUCGUUUUGAACUCACCCAACAACCCGCUGGGGAAGGUGUUCACCAGGGAGGAGAUGGAGCUCAUCGCAGACCUGUGCGUGAAACACGAUGUCCUGUGCUUCAGUGAUGAAGUGUACGAAUGGAUGGUCUAUGAUGGGAAGGAGCACAUCCGGAUUGCCAGCUUGCCGGGCAUGUGGGAUCGCACAAUAACCAUUGGAAGUGCUGGCAAAACCUUCAGCACCACAGGAUGGAAGGUUGGCUGGACUUUGGGGCCUGAUCGCCUUCUGAAACACCUCAGAACUGUCCACCAGAACUCUGUGUAUCACUGUCCGACAGCAGCUCAGGAAGCAGUGGCUCAGGCAUUCCAAAGAGAGUUUGACAACUAUGGGAAGCAAGACAGUUAUUUUGUUCAGCUGGCUCAGGAGCUGCAGCAGAAGCGGGACUGGCUAGUUCGGAGUCUAGUUGCCGGGGGCAUGAAACCCAUUGUCCCUGAGGGCACCUACUUCCUGAUGGCAGACUUCUCAGAGUUCAAAAGUGAAGUACCUGACCUCCCGGACUCUGAUGAACCCUACGACUCUCGGUUUAUAAAGUGGAUGAUUAUAAACAAGGGUUUAGCUGCCAUUCCAGUCUCCGCUUUCUACAGCACUCCACACAAGAGGAAUUUUGACCAUCUCAUCCGCUUCUGCUUUGUGAAGGAGGAAGCUACGCUGAAGGCAGCAGAAGACAUACUGCAACAAUGGAGUCUGGAGAAAACGGGCCAGUGAAUGCUUUGGACAGAAUACCAGGCAGGCUCGCCUGCACUCUGCCCUGAUCUACUGCUAUGUCCUGCUCUCCCUGAUGCAGCCAUCGUGGCUAUAGAGUCUUUGCUUACUGACUUUAUUUUAACACUUUAUUGCAUCAUUGGAUUUUGGUCACCUUCUCUAUCAUGCACAUGGGCAAGAAGUUUGUCAGCCCUCAGAUCUAGUUCAAAGCUUCUCAUUGCUGUCCACUAGCGAAAAGGUUUUAUUGUUCCUUGGGACUUGUGAGCCUGUAUAUACACUGGCAAAACUUUAUUUCCUCUUUUUACUUUCAAAAGCUUCACUGACUUAUUUAUCCUGGGUUCCCUGCAGCUAAAAAACAAGGCAAAAAUAGUUGCUGGGCUCCCUCUCCCGCCCAUAAUAUUCUUCAUCUGCUCUGGUCAUCAAUAAUAUUUUACCUUGAAUGCAGCGGGGCUGCAUUGACACUGCUGAAUUACAGACAAGGGCCAAAUUCUGCUCUUACACCAUUGCAAUUCUGCUGAAGCUAUGGAGGUUGCACCAGAGACACUGAGGCUAUGGCUACACUACGCACCAUUUAGCGACACAGCUGUGCCACUGAAAGGUGCACAGUGUAACUGCUCUUUGUCAGUGGGAGAGAGCUAUUGCACCGACAAAAGACUUCCACCCACAAGCAGCGGUAGCUUUGUUGGCAGAAGAGCUCUCCUCCCCACAAAGCACUGUUCACACCGGCACUUUUCAUGGUAAAACUUUUGUUGUGCGGGGGUAGGGGGGAAGUUUCAUACCCCUGAAUGACUAAAGUUUUACCAACAAAAGUCCACUGGGGACAGAGCUUGAGAAGAGAAUUCGCCUUGCUGACCAGGCCAAGGGAGGUUGACCAACUAGCUUAAAAUACCUAUCACUUUCCUGUAUAUUUCAAAAGCGUGAGGAUAAAGGAAUUGUUAGAUUAGUACAAUAAAAAAGAAUGGGAUUUAAAA